CCCUAGUGCUGGGAUUAAAGGUGUGCGUGCCAGAGCUAGGAGAGAUCUCAAACUAUUUAGCUGAAGAUGACCUUGACUUUGAACUCCACCUCCUAAACACUAGGAUUACAGGUGCAAACAUGGGAUUACAUUGUGGAAGCAAUGGUCAUGUCUUGGAACGAUUGCUUUCUUCGGAGAACAGGCCGUAGGAGAAAUUGUGAAAGUCAUCAUGAAGAAGCUACGAGCAUCUGUCAGGAGUCACAGAAAGCAACCAGCCAACCCCAAGAAAAGGGGAAAAUGUGCCCUUAGCAGCAGCCAGGCCAAGCUUUCUGCCCCUGAUGGCCAGGCCAAGCAGAAGGAUGAAGAGUUCCUGCAGACCUCUGUCUGCCCAUACCAUCUGUUCAGAGACAUGACUGAUGUCACGACAUUCCAAAGGAACUUGCUCAGCUGGUAUGACCAAGAGAAGCGGGACCUGCCUUGGAGAAGAUGGGUAGAGGAGGAAGCCAACCUGGACAGGCGGGCCUAUGCUGUAUGGGUGUCAGAGGUUAUGCUGCAGCAGACCCAGGUUGCCACGGUGAUCGACUAUUAUACACGAUGGAUGCAGAAGUGGCCAACCCUUCAGGACCUGGCCAGUGCUUCCCUGGAGGAGGUGAACCAGCUCUGGUCUGGCCUGGGCUACUAUUCUCGAGGCCGUCGGCUGCAGGAGGGAGCUAGGAAGGUGGUAGAGGAGCUAGGCGGUCAUGUGCCACGGACAGCAGAGACCCUGCAGCAGCUCCUUCCUGGUGUGGGGCGCUACACAGCUGGAGCCAUUGCUUCCAUUGCCUUUGGCCAGGUAACUGGUGUGGUGGAUGGGAAUGUCUUACGGGUGCUGUGCCGAGUCCGCGCCAUUGGUGCUGAUCCCAGUAGCUCCGUUGUCUCUGGUCAUCUCUGGAGCCUAGCCCAUCAACUCGUGGAUCCAGCCCGGCCUGGGGACUUCAAUCAAGCAGCCAUGGAGCUGGGGGCCACAGUGUGUACCCCACAGCACCCUCUCUGCAGCCAGUGCCCUGUGCAGAGCCUAUGCCAGGCGUACCAGAGGGUGGAGCGGGAAAAGCUCUCUGCCUUGCCAGGCAGUCCUGACGUAGAGGAGUGUGCUCUCAAGACUAGCCAGUGCCAGCUUUGCCUGCCUCCCACAAAACCCUGGGACCCCUCUCUGGGAGUGGCCAACUUUCCUCGCAAGGCCAGCCGCAAGCCUCCCAGGGAGGAGCACUCUGCCACUUGUGUUGUGGAACAGCCCAGGACCAGCGGGAGUCCCCUCAUUCUGCUGGUGCAGAGGCCUCACUCAGGUCUGCUGGCUGGACUCUGGGAGUUUCCAUCUGUCACCCUGGAGCCCUCAGGCCAGCAUCAGUACAAACCCCUUCUGCAGGAAGUGCAGAGCUGGUCCGGACCCCUCCCCGCCACUCGUCCCCAGCACCUGGGAGAGGUGAUCCACGUCUUCUCUCACAUCAAACUGACAUAUCAAGUAUAUAGUCUGUCCCUAGACGGACAGACCCCAGCGACCCCUGCACCCCCUGGUGCUCGAUGGUUGACUUGGGAGGAAUUCCACAAUGCAGCUGUUUCCACUGCCAUGAAAAAGGCCGGAGUGGAACUCAGGCUAUUGGUUCUUUUGGAGAAGGUGCCAGUCCUGUUUUAUUCCCCCCCCCCCCCACCUCCUUCUUGGCUAGGUAUUCCGCAUGUAUGAAGACCAUCGGCGAGGCACCUGCAAGGGUUCUAAAAGGUCCCACGUGUCUACUCCAUCAAGCCGGAAAAAACCCAGCGGGGGGCAGCAAAUCCUGGAUAGUUUCUUUCAGCCUCAUAUUCCCACAGACACACCCAACAGUACGACCCAGUGAUACCUCUG